UGUGGUAUUCACUAUUCUGCCCUACCAUUACUCUGUGAAAGCCUUCAUUUCUCACUCAGUCGUCUCUUUUGCUAAGCCACAAUAACACAAACACCUUGACUGCACAGCCCCACUGAUCAGAAAGAGGGCUAAACGAAGAAGGAGGAGGUCAAAAAUGGGAACCCUUGGGAAAGCAAUUUACUCCCUGGGAUCCAUCGUUCGAGCGACCGGCAAAGCUCUUGAUCGCGUCGGAAAUCGCCUUCAAGGCAGCUCCCACAUAGAGGAACACCUGUCCAGGCAUCGGACUCUUAUGAACAUAUUUGAUAAAGCUCCAGUGGUGGAUAAGGAUGUAUUUGUAGCUCCAGGUGCCACAGUCAUUGGAGACGUCCAUGUGGGACGCAAUUCAUCUAUUUGGUAUGGAUGUGUGCUAAGAGGUGAUGUUAACAGCAUCAGUGUCGGAUCUGGCACCAAUAUACAGGACAACUCCCUUGUUCAUGUGGCCAAAUCAAACAUAAGUCAAAAGGUGCUGCCCACCAUUAUAGGGAACAAUGUCACUGUUGGUCAUAGUGCUGUUGUACAUGGCUGCACCAUUGAGGAUGAGGCCUUCAUUGGUAUGGGAGCCACACUGCUUGAUGGUGUUCAUGUAGAGAAACAUGCCAUGGUUGCUGCAGGAUCCCUUGUGAAACAGAACACAAGGAUUCCCUCCGGAGAGGUAUGGGCAGGCAAUCCAGCUAAGUUUCUGAGGAAGCUAACUGAUGAAGAGAUAGCCUUCAUUGCUCAGUCAGCAACCAAUUACUGUAACCUUGCUCGUGUCCAUGCAGCUGAGAAUUCCAAGUCCUUUGACGAAAUUGAAUUUGAAAAGAUGCUUCGUAAGAAGUAUGCCAAACGUGAUGAGGAAUAUGAUUCUAUGAUUGGUGUUGUCCGUGAAACACCUCCCGAGCUUGUACUUCCUGAUAAUAUUCUCCCUGAAAAAGCUGCAAAGAGCAUCGUCCAAUGAGAUUAGUGCCCAAGCAACUCUCUCUCUGUUUUGCUUUCCAAAGAUUUAUUUUACCCCGUGAGCAUCUGUAUGGAGAAUAGUCAUGGAUAUUGGCUGUUGCCCUUCCAAAUAAUACCAAACUUAUUGGAUAGCAUCGGUACGUCAGUGCUU